UAAUAUGAAGAAUUUGGUUCAACUUAAUAUGUCUUGCAGCCGCAUCUCACGUUUCGGAGAAGAAUUCAAGAGUAUGGAAAAUCUGAAAUUCUUAAAUCUGAGUGGAUGUAAAUUCCUAGCACAAAGCCCAAACCUGUCUGGAAGCCCAAACUUAGAGUUCCUGAAUCUAAGCUAUUGUAAAAGUUUAAAGAAGGUUCACCGUUCGGUUGGAUCCCUCAAAAAGCUUGUUGACCUGAAUCUUGAAAGAUGCUCUAACCUUGUGAGGCUACCAGGAGAAGUCAACUGGAGAUCCCUCCGAUCCAUUAAUCUCGACUACUGCACAAGGCUGGAGAGUUUCCCUGAAAUUGAGGGAGAGAUGAAAUACAUGACAUCCAUGAGUCUAUCCAACACUGCCAUCAAAGCAUUGCCUUCAUCCAUUGGAUAUCUAAUUAACCUUGAACUGUUGGUGUUAUCUGGUUGUCGAAACCUCAGAGAGUUUAUUUUGCGGCAUUUAUGA